AUGUCUCCAGGUCAUUGGAAUUAUAGCGAAGAAAGUGAGAAUGGCCCUAAUAAUUGGCCAAAUGCUGAUGGUCUCAAUCAAUCACCCAUUAAUUUGGAUUUAAACUUAAUGAAAUAUACAACAGCAAACCCAUUAAAAUUUAUCAAUUAUAAUAUAAAAUUAGAGGGUGAAAUUGUCAAUACUGGUCACUCUGUGCAAGUACUACCAAAGUUUGGAGAUAAAGUACCAAAAAUUCUUGGAGGUGACUUAGAUCAAACUUAUCAUUUGGUGCAGUAUCAUUUUCAUUGGGGAUUACACGAUAAUGAAGGUUCCGAACAUACUUUGGCAGGGUUGCAUUAUCCAGCAGAAUUGCAUCUUGUGCAUGAGGGUAUUACAAAUAGUAGUAAGUUGGCUGUUAUUGGAGUUUUUUUCACAAUUGGUGAAGAGAAUCAAGCAUUGUAUCCUGAAUCAACUGUACUACAUAAAAUAACAGAUCCAGCUCAAAGUCAAACAAUAGAAGGCAUUUUAUUAAAAGAUAAAUUACCAAAAAACACGAAAACAUUUUGGCGUUACGAUGGAUCACUAACCACACCACCGUGUUCUGAGGUGGUAACAUGGACAAUCUUUACUGAACCCAUUACAAUAACAAAAUUUCAGCUUGCACUAUUACGAAGUGUACAUGAUCGACCAGGACAUGUGAUGAAGAAAAAUUUUCGUCCAAUACAAAAACUUAAUAAUCGAGAACUGAAAUUUAUUGUAACGACUUAA